AUGUUGCGACGCCAACCCAGUUCUUCACAGAGUCCAACCACCCACAGCACGUCACGGACGCCCUCGUUCAUCGCGAUGUACUCGGCUUCGGUGCUGGACUGGGCGUUGAUGCCUUGCUUGCGCGAGCCGUACGAAAUCGCGUUGCCAUCGAGGUAA